AAAUAAUUAACUGUUUGUGUUUGGUGUGCAUUAAAGUUUGUCUCAAUUUCAAGAGUGGAGAUGUUUCUCUUCUUACUACUCUGCGUCCGAGGAGGUGGAGCCAAGUGCCAACUUCAAUAAAACAACUUCACACCUUCUAUGAAAAACUAAUAAAGUUAGUUUUCCAUUUUGUGUACUUUGUAAAAAAAUGCUUGUAAACCUGUUUUCUUUCCGAAUGGAUGCAUGUCUGUAGAAUGCAUACAAAAUGUAAAUUCAUUUGUUGAAAACAGUCUUCGAAGGCAGUUUUCUUUAAAAUAUUUGCAUACUAUUAAUUACUAAAUAAAACUUUCCCCUACCUUGUGAUAGUCAUUAAAUGUAAUUAAGAAUUAGAGAGAAAUUCGCUUCGUGUAUCGAGCCGUUUCCUACAGAAUUCUCGGGAUCUUUGAUAGGGAAAGUAGGUUUCUCAAUUUAGAAACUCAGCGACAACAGCCAAGUCUUAUUUUGUUUAUUCCGUCCAAGAGAAAACAAUAGAGCCCGAUUUUUCAUUCUUACUUUUUUUUCUUCCAAAUUAGACAAUCGCAACUCGCACUCAGCACUAUUCGGUGUUCUUCUUCAAUAUGUCCAUACGAUUUCAAAAGUGAUUUUUACCUGCACUUCAGCAGGGCAGAAAUAGUGUUUUAUGCGUCUUUUAUCGUCUGCUUCUUUAAAAUGGAUUAUAAAAACAUAAUUAUAACAUAACUAUUUCAUAAUUCUGGAAAACUUCUGCUAUUUGAGGAGAAAAACAUGAAGACAAAUGUUUUAAUCCUACACCAGACAUUUUUUCCUUGACAGUCAAUUUUCGACGAACAUCCGUAUUUCAAAAAUAUUGAAAGUGACAGUACUUCCUGAUGCAACAUCUGAAGUAUGGAACGUUGUUCACAUCCUUUAAAGAUUCGAAUUCCAAUCAGGCUGCCCACUUAAAAUUCAGCCAGUUUUUAAUGGUUAAAAAUAACCUAAUUCUUGAUUUAGAGAAUUAAUCAACGUGUGAAAGAUUAAUACAAUGGAUAACCAAGAAUAAUAAAAAAAAAACUGUGAGAAUAUGAAAAACGGUUUACUAACUCAGCGUUCUAAUCAACUCUUAGUUAGUUAACAAACGCUAAUCUAACUAUAUUCUUUACUAAAGCAAUACUUAAAAGGACAUUGUGUUAAUCUGGUAUUGAAUUGUGAUAUUUUUGGUGGAAUUUUCAAGCGUUAGACUCAAGCGUUAGACUAGAAAAUCGUUACACUAGACAAGCGUUAGACUAGACUCAAGCGUUAGAAUUUUCAAGCGUUAGACUAGAAAAUAAUGUCAGAGGUACCAAUGACUCAGUUGCAAGCCGCGCCGGCGGAGGAGCCGAGAACGAGAAAGAAAAGCGCAAUCCAAAGGAUUCGACACAGGGUGUCGAAGAAGCGAGACCCAGCGGCAGUUUUAGCUUUUGAACAGCGCCUCCUGAUGGCGGCUACUAUAGCUGUCUUGGUGGCUGCCAUUGUUUGGAUAAUCUCUAUAACCACGGAUUAUUGGUUUCAUGUGUUACCUGAAAAAGGAUCGCCCAUUUAUAUUAAUAAAACAAACACGUACUUUGUUAGGAGUUAUUCUGGCUUAUGGAAGAUUUGCAAAUUCACACACCCUAAUGGAACUCUGAGUGGAGAGCCAGUCAAAAACUGCCACAAUCAUAGACUUUUUCCCUCUGAUGAGUUUAUUCAAAAAAAUCCUGAAGUGGAUAGAACAAUUUUAGACUAUACAAGAACAGAAACAGCCUUCUCUAUCAUCAGCCUAUGCUUAAUGUUGAUGGGCUUCGGUUUCAGCAUUUAUACAUUCAGGCAUCCGAGAUACAUGUUCAAAAGGCUGGCAGGAGGAGUUCACCUCAUUUCCGCUGCCGCUACUCUCAUCGUAGUUGAGGUUGUCAUCAACUCAGUGGCUUACGAAGAGCGUUUCUUGUCUGACAGACAUCCAAAAGGGGCUGUUUGGUCUUAUGGCUAUUCAUUCGUCCUCGCCUGGAUCACUUUCGUCAUUCUCGUUAUCAGUGGUCUCACCUUCUUAAUUUGCUCCAGGAAAAGAAAGGGGAUACCAGGAACUGGAGACGACACUCCAAAUAUUUUGGGAAGAAUGUGAAAAAUGUAUUGAAUUGUCAUUGAAACUUGCGCAUAUGGAGUCAGUUCUGGGCAUUGAGGAUUGUUUGCAUUGGAAACUCGUAAUGUGUGUUAAAGUCUAGUAGUACUGUUGUUUUGAUGUGGCACAGAAACCUUUGAACCUUGCAAUGAUGGAUUUUGUAUGGCACCGAAACCUCUGAACCAUGCAAUGAUGGUUUUAGUAUGACACCGAAACUUCUGAACCUUGCAAUUACGGUUUCGGUGUGGCACCGAAACCUUUGAACCUCGCGAUGGUUUUGGUGUGGCACAGAAAUCUCUGAACCUUGCAAUGAUGGUUUUGGUGAGGCACCGAAACCUUUGAACCUCGCAAUAAUGAAUUUGGUGCGGCACUGAAACUUUUAAACUUUGCAAUAAUUUAUCGCACUUUUAUUGUAUUGAUUUCAAAUAAGAGAAGCCUACCAGUACAAUGCAAUUUGCUUUGCACAUAGAUGAAAACAUUAAAAAACGUACUACGUACUUAGAAAGCUUAUUGCUUAAGAAGGCAUGAUGCCUCUAUCACGUUCAUGUACUCAUUCGUUUUUAUGUAACGAAUUUAUACAUAAUGAAUUCGGUUUUAUACAGCGAAUGGUAUACGGAACGAAAAGUUUUAAUGGAGUUAUGGUGUAUGUGAAUAUUUUAAUAAACUGCACUCUGAAAGCACUUUCAUUCGAUAACUUUUCGAAAUGAAACAAUGUUUGUAAGUUGUUCAACUUUGAUCUCUUGUGAACGAGAGUUAUUCGAGCAAGUUAUCUUAGAUGUUGAGAAAAACUACUAAGGUAAAAACUAUUCUCUAAUGACAAGUUAAUUAGAUUAUAUUCAGUGUGCCAAUAUGCCACAACUGAAAUCUUUCUAGCACAUAACAUUGGUUUUAAAAGGUUUAAUUCCGAUUUUCAAUUAAAUUAUUCUUUUCUACACCGUGGAAAAAAGUAUGGUCAAAAGUACCAGAAUAUGGUAACAUUUACCGUGUUUCUGGCUCCAUGGGAACAUUGAAAAGCUUGUUAAUUUCUACCAAAGCGGUAUGGUAAAAUUAACAAUGUAACUUAUGAUGUUUUGUGCUGAGUAAUUAUUUUCUACUGCAGGUAGAGAUAAGUAGUAAGGUAAGGUAGUUAGUAGGAUAAGCAGACUUGGAUCUAUGCCGCAGUUUAUUGCUAUCUCGAAUAAUUAUUUAUUUUGCGUACAUCCCUUGUUUUUGUGAUAAAUGUUUUGUUUACUAA